AGUCACGCCUGUUCUCUCCAACUUUUUGCUAGCGGUGGUUUAGUUGUAUCCAGGGAUUCGGUGUCAUAAACACCCUGUCUCGUGAGUAAAUCCUCUGUCAGUUACUUUCCAGCUCUGAGUUUGCAUAAUCAUAUUUCAGACAUUUUCUUGCUUGCCUGUGGAGACGCCCCGUUAUUGCCGUGUUCGCUUUUGUGGCCUCGCGAAAACUUUUAUUUUGAAAAACACCGUGUAUUCUGUGGCGGAGGGUUUGGUUGCUGCUCACUUGAAGCAGCUUCCGUUGGAAGCGGCUGCAGACAGACCACAGGCUGGACUCUGCUGGAUUUAAUUGUCCUUCUCAGGGGGAGUGAGCGUGGAGUCAGACGGAGGAGUUUGGUGAAGACAGCACCGUGUCCCUCUGCGGUCCCCUGCCUGCUGUCAAUAUGUUGGAAUAGGGUUAACGGCUGGGCUGUGUACUGCCUGGAGGCUCUUCAUCCCAACUGAUGAGGAUGUUAUGUGUCCUCAAACUAUGAACAAGCUGCAACAGGAUCCGAGAAAUACAGUCUUCUGACAGGGUGUGACCAGGAGCAGUAGCUCUGGACUGACCUGUGCCAUGAAGACCCAGAAGUCCCGAAGUGUUAAACCAACUUCACCUUCUUGCCGACGGAAGUCUCGCUUCACCUUACGAGGCAGGAAGAAGAAGGACGGGGUGAUCCGAGGCAAGCUUCGCAUCCGCUCCAUGCCUGGAGCAUUCCUGGUGCUGGGGGUCGUUGUAGUGGUUGUCGGCACAGCUCUGGCUGUGGCCGGUUACUGGCCCUACCGGAUAUCGAGAUCGUCCAUCCUGGGAGCUGCAGAGGGGGAAAGUAUCUCUGAGUCACAGACUUCUGGUUGGAGUCUAGGAGCUAAGGGCCUCCUGUCCACAGCCAGCCUCAUCCACAGUGAACGGAUGAAGCUUCUGGGACCUGUCAUCAUGGGGGUGGGACUCUUCAUCCUCAUAUGUGCCAACACAGUCCUGUAUGAGAACAGGGACAGAGAGACUCAGAUGCUGCUGGCUCAGAUGCGCAGUGUUAUCUGCUCUGUGUCUGCGGCUGUGCCCUCAGCGGACCUUAAAGAAAUAGCAGCAGCCAACUCCAUGGCCAAACACUACCAGUGGGUGAGCAGUUUACCAGCUGCCCAUCUCAACAUCCUCUGCCUGCAGCAGCUGGCCAGCUCUGAGCCCCUGCUUCAGACCAGAAACCCCGGAGACCACGAGGACAGCGUGGAGGGCAUCUACCAGCAAGCUGUUCUCCAGACAGAAGCCCUCCACCACCAGGAAUCGGAGCCUCCACCUUCCCUCCACUCCUCCCGCUCCAACUCAUGUAAUUCCAGUCAGACAGACUUUAACACACAGUCCGGUGCUGAGCACAGGGGCAGCGUUAGCCUCAAUCAGCAUGACGCCCCAUUCGUCAAGCUCAACAACUGCCUGGUGUCUGCCAGUUCCAUGUCCACCCUGGGCGUGGACGAGGUGGACAUCCCAGCUGCCCAGCCGAGGCGCUGCCACAGUAUGACCUACAGGACUAAGCCUUACAUAGCCCGAACUGGUGUGCACCUGGAGGAAGGACUCCUCACACCGGGAGAGGAGGGUCAAAUAAAUCAGCUAGUAGUGACGAGGAGAGAGGCCGGUUCACAGGUUUGCGUGAACAUCCUGGGGCAGGUUGUGGAUGCUGUGGAGGAGCAGACUCACCGAAGCUGGCCUCGGCUAGACCUGGGCAUCGGCAGACGAUACCUGAAACUAGAGAACAAAGAGGACUCGGUGGACAAACUGCUGGACCAAUUAGAGCAGCAGUGCUCUCAGUGGGAUAAGAGUUUUGGCUCUGGGCCUUUCCAGUGAUGGCUGUUUUAGCUUCACAGUGACGAUAUUUUCCUCUGGAUUCAAAAGCAGCACUAUAUUUUUUGUUUCGAAUUCUGUUUGAGGCAGAGAGAAACUGAGCCUGAGAUCAUUUGGAUUUCAAUAUUUCUCACAAAGAUCUUCCAAAACUUGCACCUUUUCUCAAUCUUCAGUGGAAUAUUGAUACAGAGGUUAUUGUUUUUGCUCGGCUGGAUGUAGCAGAUGUUUAUAUAAUUGAAAGAGAUGAACAUUAUACAGAUCCUACACUGUCAGAUGUGGGCAAAGCAACUUGACAGACUGUUUACUUAAGUUUGGGUUGGCAGCAAUGCGAGAAAUGAACUUGUAUCUCAGAGCCAAAAUGCGUCUGCCUGUUUCCAGGACACAGUGUGCACAACCCAAUGAAGAAGAGAUAGAAAGAGGAUGGAGGAUUGUUUUCACUGUGCAAUCACUUUUGAACCAAACUACCUGGACCCCUGAGCCCAUAAAGUGCUGACAGCUCUUGACAAAUGCUACUAGUAUAUAAAAUGGGACUUAUUCCUCAGCUGAGGUCCCAUACUCCAAAUGCAAUGCAUGGCAGCGAUGUACAGUAUGUUACAUCUUAAUACUUAUGCAGAGUAAUGUCAUUGUUAGUUUUAUGUGUAUAAGAAGUAACAAUAGUUAAAGGGUAAUUGUGUUUUAUUACAGUUUGGGUCUUAUUUCCUGACAUUUGGCUGUAAUUCCUCCAGUAUCAGCUGGGAUAAUGUUGGACUCACCAACUUAACUGCUGAGGCCUGGGAACAUGCUGGUAUUGUCUGUCUCUCACUGUAAUGGGUGUUUGUAUUGGACAGUUUAGAUAUUAAUUACACAGUUUGCCUUUGUUUUCAGAUGGAAAUAUUAUCACGACCAUGGGUCCUGGGCAUUAUUUUCACUGAGGGCCCUUAACAAAACACACAUACACGCCCAUGAUAUGAGCACUCCUAGCACACAGGGCCAAAUAAACUUCACACACCAUGUGUUAUCUUAAAUUGUUAUUAUGUUUAUUUUGGUAGAUUACAUUAAUCACAUUUUCGAUCUGUUUUGCUGUGUGUGCACCAUCAUAUUUUACUUAUUGCUAAGGCUCAGAAACCAGAUGUGAAUAGUGAUUGAGUAAAUAAAACAUCGUCCAACUGCUAGCUCUGGAAGAAUACAGGAAUGAGAAUCAGAAGUAGUACAGAGCCACCGCAAUGACCAAGAAAUGUACAAAGAACAUACUGACAGUAAUCUGAAUUUCAGCAUUGUUUUAGUGGCUCUGAUGAAAGGUCUGAUAAAAGAUGUAACGUAUAGUUGAUCAGAGAGAGACACUUGUCCUUACAUUCUGUCUGUAGCAUGCGUCUGUAUCUUCUUUUUCUUUUUAAGCUUACCUCAUGCUGACUGAAUGAAAAUGUGUUUUCAUACUUUAAAACUGCAGUUGACAUUAGUGCUAUACUACCAUACACAAGCAAUUCUAUAACAUUUUUAUUCACGUGUUUGCACCUGCAUUAGGCCAUGUAUGAUUCCAAAUGAGUUUGAUGGCAACUCUGUGCUUUAAUUUCCCCUGAUUAGUAUUUAUAAGCAGUAUAUAAACAUUUCAUAAAUGGUUCACAACUUACUAUAAUGUUGCCAUGAGUACAUAUAUGUUGUCAAAAACUGUUGACUCCCUCUGUGGCCACCUAUAAGUUUCAAUUGCUGACAAAUACUGUACAUUAAUAAGCAUUAAUAAUUUAUUAAAUGUCUGUAUACUGCUUCUAAAUACUAAAUAGGGGACUUAAUGUAAGUGUUACCACAAACUGAUUUGGGAAGAAUAGACAGAUCACUGCAAAUGCAAACAGUAUCACCAAAUGAGUGAACAAAAAUGUCUGAUCUUCUGAUUUCUCAUGUUUCAUUACUCAUCUAACUUCCUUUUUAGUGAUGUCACUUUGUUCCCAGAUCUCAGCUGUUGGAGAACUUGGUGGUUACAGUGUUGUUAUUACUAAUAAGGAGGAUGGCUGAAACUAUGAAAAUAAGACAAAAUUGUGAAAAAAUUGAAUUAUCCUUGAUAAUGAAGGAGAAUUUCUCUUUGUUGUCCUUCUCCUGGUCGUCUCUGAUAUUAGCUUCUAAUGAAAGCAGCGAUGUGUCCUCCUGCAGGUCUCCCGUUGAUGUUCUCCUCUCUGAAUGCACCCAGUAUUUAUGAGGAGGCCCUGCCCACACACAUCCAGCCCCACCCCCACCCUCCCCAACCUUUGAUCUAAUAGACAGAAUGGAUAGUGCAGAUGAGGCGAACCCCCAGCUCCAGUUAGAUUUAGUGAUGUGAGCUGUAUUACUGCAUACAGCUGGGUGUGUGUCAUAGAGGGAAGAGAAUAUGAAUCAGUCUCAUGGGCCCCUGCUUCUUGCCCCCCCCCCCAAACCCCAACCAACCACACACACACACACACACACACACAAACACACACACCCUGUGCAGAUGUGUCGAGGCAACCCCUUCCUUGUUUGAAUCAACAGUCUCUCUCUGGUUUUCUUUCUGUCUGUGCUGCCUGUUUUGUAUGCCAUGUGUGACACUUUGUGUUCUAAAUGUAUACUAAGCAAUAUGAACGGUCUGACAGAACAAUCAAUGGCUGUGUCUUACCCUGUGUCGACCACCGAAUUAAACAACAUUGCCAUGCCUUUGUUGCAAGUAUAAAGCAAAGCAAAAGCA